AUGGUCGACUGCUCAGUGGUGGACCAGGCCGACGAUGAUUGUUCGGUCGUCGAGAAUCCUGUGCCGGUGGUCGACUGCUCAGUUGUAGACUGGGCGGUGGAGGACUGGGCGGUGGUGGACUGGGCAGUUAUGGUGUUGACAGUGGAGGACUGGGCGGUAGUGGACUGGGCUGUGGUAGACUGA